AGUGUUAAGAAGCGUGCGCGCUGAUAGGAGAGAAAUCGUCUUUGAGGCUUUUAGGCACUUCAGGCUUUCCGUACUUCUCCUCUGAGUUACAGCAAAACAAAAACACCCGAGUCAGGAGCGCGUGAAGUGAAAACACGUUGGACCACGUGAUGUGGCCUGAAAAAGUGGGACAACAGCUGCGUCGCCCAACCCGAUCGGUAGCAGGGUGGCUGGUCAGUAAGUUCUUUAAAGUGUACAACCAAUUCCUUGAGGAGAACGCCGUGCAGCUGUGUGGGAUCCAACCUGCGGACACCGUGCUGGAAGUGGGCCAUGGCCCAGGUCUGGGUCUGCAGUCAGCAGCAAAACUGCUAACAGAGCCCACAGGCCGUCUUAUUGGGGUGGAUUACUCCGAGUACAUGCAUAAGAUGGCAGGUGAGCGACUGAAGGAACUUGUGGCGAGUGGGAAAGUGACACUGCACCACUGUAGUGUAGAAGCAAUGCCUCUCGCAGACAGCACAGUGGAUAAAGUAUUUCACUGUAACUGCUAUUACUUUUGGCCUGACCUCAGGAAGGGAGCCACUGAGAUACAUCGGGUAAUGAAACCAGGGGGCCUGAUGGUGACCACGCUGAAGCUGUCCGCUGUGUCGCAGGUGGUAGGAAAGCAGAUGAUUCCCGCUGAGAACUGGCACCCGGAUACUUACAUGGCGGCUCUGAGAGACUCUGGCUUCACUGAUGUCAGGAUGGAAGACAAACCGUACAAAAACAUCACUUUUCAGGCCAUCUUCGCCACGGCCAUGAAGUGAGAUGUCUAGAGAUAGAGAUUAUACCCCUCUUUUUGGUUUGCAUUUUUCUUUUCAUAAUCUGAUUUAUCAUAAUGAAACAGAUACAUAAUCAGAACUGUAUCAUCUAUCUACUUUGUUAAUUACACUCAGAAAUGGGCAAAUAUAUAUAAAUAUAUGCAAAGUCAAUAAUUCAACUAAUGUUAAAUGUAAUGACGACUGUGCUACUGUUGUGUCCAUUACAUUAAACCAAAGUCUGCAUGUGUGUAAAACAAAGACUUUAAUAGUUAUUAAUGUUUUGUUUUUAACUACAGUUUGCAUGGAGUACAUUUGUAAAAAAAAAAAACAUUUAACAAUUAAUAACAGUAUUUCAAGAUGGUUGAAACUUUUUACUGACAAGCUCUGGUUCACCAGGUUUUUCUGCAUGAAGGGCCCAUGAGAGAUUGUUUCUAUAUAAGUAGAUAAACAUACACAGUUGUGAAUGUGAGGUAAUAUGGUGCAAAGAUACAAAUUGCAAACACAAAAAUAUACAGAAAAGAAAAAGUGAAAAUAAAAUAUACAGGUGAACUGGGUCUGAAGUUGAUCGUACUGAAUAUGGAAAACUGGAUAAAUCAAUCAAUCCAAUUUCAUUUGUAUAGCCCAUUUUCACAUAUCACAAUUAGUCUCAUAGGGCUUGACAAGGUGCGACAUCCUCUGUCCUUAAGAGUGAGGAAAAAUAACCAAAAGAAAACAUUAAUGGGGGGAAAACGUAGAAACUUCAAGGAGAGCCACAUGUGAGGGAUUCCUCUCCCAGGACGGACAGGACAACAAGCGAAGAGAAGCAUUAGACUGGUUUUCCCAGGUGAUAACUGUGAAUGAAAAUAAAAUGUCAUCUGAUGAA